AUGCACAAGCAAAUUCGAGGAAUAUGUUUAAUGUCAGCGGAUAUUCGAGAUAUUGUAACUGAUGUCGUCGCAGUAUCACGAAUUAAGAAUGCUGCGCAAGCUAAUCCAACAUCCCUUAUUCGAAUCGAUUUAUCAAAUGCAACUGCUGGUAAUGAUUUAUUAAAGAAGCAAAAAUUCAUUGUUACACCGUUCGCUUAUUCUGUUAUUGAGUAUAUUCCACCAGUAAAAAUAAUCCGAUGUUUUAAACGUCUACAACUCGGAUAUUACGCAAACGAAUGUAAUAAUCAAAUAAAACGUGGAAGAUGCAGUGGUAGCCAUGGACUGGAUAAAUGUACAAAUACAACUCUGAAUUGUUCAAAUUGCGAAGAUGCUCACAAACUCACCUAUCCCGGAUGCAAAGCGCGUUUACAUUAA